UAAAUUUUGCUCAAUCGCUCUCGGUGAGUUCACAGUUUUAGGUGGUUGGUGUACAGGAUAACUGCCUUAUCAGUUGGAUUUUAAUUUUGUUGUGUUCUCUUUUUAUUUUCCGACUUUUUGGGUUUUCAAAGUGUUUUUUAUUUGUGUCCAUAAUUUGUUUGAAAAUUUUGUAAAGGAAAAUAAUUUAAGUCAGAACUUAACCUUCUUCAACUUUAAAGUGUUGUGGGUGAUAAUCGUGAACUGCAAACACAAUUAACUGACAUAAAUAAAUCUGUGACUUGUAUCUUAAAUAUUUUCAAAAAAAAGGUUAUUUUAAAAAAACAAACUCAAGUUAAGUGUAUCUGAAGAAUAAAUCCAUAACAAAACCUUCGCGGUUCAAAGACACGAAAAACAAACAAAAAGUGCAACAGGAGCUGACUGCAAUUGGCAAACUGCAGCGACAUUGUUUGCAUUGUUAAUUGCAUAUUCGAAGACGCAACGGACCGGGCGGCAGCGUUUAGUUCAGUUCAGCUCAGUUUAAAAAAAAUACGCUUAUUACGUAAAAUAUUGUAAAACCAAUCUUCUUCUUGAUCAUGGAUGCAAAGAUAUUAGUUGCCCUGUUUAUUGUGGUAAAUUGUUACUCAAGCUGUGGAGCUGCCCUCAGACGAACACCAAAAGUAUACAAUGCCCUCAUUACCACCGAUGAAAAUCUCACUUCAAGUAGAGCAUAUCCCGUGAUUCAACCCACUAUUCAUGAAACAGGCAUUGCCAGUUACCCAUAUGGGCCGUAUAAUCCAUAUGGACUUUAUAGUAACUCACUGUUAAGGUUUGCUCCGCCUAUAGUGCCAGGUCUAUCACCGAGAAGUCAACUACCAUAUCCUUUCCAGCAGCCAGGCUUGCCAGCACAACGUUACCAGCCUCCACAACCUCAAUUCCCACAAGAAUACCCUACACCUGAAGAGCAUCAAUUGCCACCAUCUGGUCCGUCCGAAUCGCUGCCUCCAUCUGGACCCUCACCUUCCCUUCCACCCUCUGGCCCACCAUCAGGCCCAGAGCUAGAACCUCCAAGCCAAAACGAAGUCAUUCCUCCUCCAUCAGCACCAGCAUCCGAAUCCGCUCCAAUUCCCAUUCAAGAACCAAAGCCCCCACAAGUUCAACCAAGCGAAAAACUUCCGAUUCCGUUGAAUGAAUUCGGUCUGCCACCAAGCCUAGUUCCACUACAACCCUACCCACCACAGAGAAAUCGUCAGCCAUUACCCCUGAACUUCUCACCGUAUCCAUAUCAGAACUUCCCCGUGCUCUAUGAACCAUACAAUCGUUUCCAAGAUCACUUUCUACCUCCCUACGAUUAUUUCCCACACAAUAGUUUUGGCAUUUCUGGUGCUGGAGCUGAAGCAGCUGUCCAAACAACACCAGCGCCACCUACGCCAGAACCUAGUAAGGCACCAAUAAUUCCACCACAACCACCUCAACCCGAACCUACCACACCCGCACCAGCUCCACCAACAGAAGUCACAACUCAAGUUCCAUUGGAAAGUAUAAAAAAUGGUUCACCAAAUAAAAAUGCUGACGUUCCAGACGUUCCUCCACCACCAAUACCAUCUGGAGCCAAUUCAACGAAUAAGGCUUAAGUCCUACAUUAUAUACAAAAUUAAAGAAAUAGAUUUAUAUUUAUUUAAAAUUAAGUUUUAUCCAAAAUGUAUUAUUGUAUAAAAUCUUUUAUAAAAUAAGUUCGAGAGAGAGAGUGUACACAAUCAUCGUUAAUGUAUACUGUUUGGCGAACUGGAUGUUUUGUGUGCAACAUUUUUAUUUUUGUUCGAUAAAUCGAUUAACUUAUUCUUAUAUUUAGUUACUUUAUUUUUACCAACAAUUUUGCUUUAUAUCUAACUUUAAUUAUAAAGAAGAAACAAAAAAGAA